CCAACCUGGCUAAGUAAACAUUUAUUCUUCUCUCAUACUCCUGAGUCCGAGUCGUGCGAUUCAGUGCAGCCUAUCUCCACCACUCCGUUACAGAAAAUGAUGUUCAGACCGAUACUGGUGAUAACUCUUGUGAUUCUGGGCCUCCAUGAGGGGAACACAGGUGACUUGGUGGCUCAAUGUGGCCCACUAAGUAAACCGGGAUGGUCCGACUUGGGGUCUUAUUGUGUUAAAUACUUUCCAAAUCGAGUCCCAUUUGAUCAAGCUGAGAUGUUGUGCAGAAGAGAAUCUUCCCAUCUCAUCUCAAUUCAUGAUCGUGUAACCAAUGAUGCCGUGCAAAGGCUCACUCUGUCAAAGAUGGUCUGGAUUGGAGGAAUAAAGCUGCCUAAUUGUGGUCAGUUUAUUUGGACUGAUGGGUCAAGUUUCGAUUACACCAACUGGGCCCCUGGACAACCCGAUGGCAGGUCUAUCUGUCUGCAGAUGAACUGGAAGACUCCUGGCACGUGGGACGAUACCCGAUGCCAUGACGAGCUAGGAUAUGUCUGUGCCUUCAAGAUAGACAAAGGAUGCCGCCAGUAUUGAUCUGGCUGUGCAUACAAACGUCUGUAUGGGGCAUGAAGAGAUUUUUGUGUUUCCCUUUUCAUUUCAUUCGUAGGGUACAAGUUGUUAUUAUGUCUCUUCGGAGAAUAAUGGCAUUCUGUAUGAUACCUUAAUGGUCUUUCAUAACUGCAUGAAAAAAAAACGAAUAAAAUAAUGAGAACUCA